AGUUGCAUUAACUUGACGCCAACUGCUGGUGCUGCUGAUCCGGAGAGAGAAGCCGGGAGAGCCGCUGCUGACAGGUCCCCUCCUGGCCGGCAUCCCUCCAUACACUCCUUUAAGUAACACUCACACUUGUAACCUCACUCAGGCCUUUCAUUGUAGCUCCACCCUACCUCAGAGCAAACUCACUGUUAUCAAGCACACCCUCCCGCCACCAUUCCACCGAACACUUUUACCUCACCAGCAGCAUCAUGCUGAGCCUGGAGUUCCUUCAGAGGCUGAGGCUGCCAAACCUGGACAAGGUCAGCGACUACAUGAGGAAUGUCUCCACCCCCACGUUGCUCACCGUGGGGGCAGUGGCUGCUGCAACCACCUACUACCUGGCAACGCGACCCAAGGCCCUCCCUCUAGUCUGCGACCUGCACAUGCAGUCAGUUGAAGUUCCGGGUGGAGAUUUGGCUCGUCAGUCAACUCUGCUGAACGGAGAGAACCACUUGACGCACAUCUAUGACGACGCCACAACGAUGUACGAGUUCUUCCUCAGAGGCGCCAGAGUGUCCAAUAAUGGUCCCUGUCUGGGCUCCAGGAAACCAAAGCAACCCUAUGAAUGGAUGUCCUACAGGGAGGUGAUGGAGCGAACAGAGAAUCUGGGUUCUGCAUUUCUUCACAAAGGACACUCCAAGACCGCCGACCCUUAUAUUGGCAUUUUCUCUCAGAACAGACCCGAGUGGACCAUCACUGAGCUGGCAUGCUAUACCUAUUCUCUGGUAUCAGUUCCUCUGUACGACACACUGGGAACAGAGGCCAUCGCGUACAUUAUAGACAAAGCUUCCAUUUCAACUGUAGUGUGUGAUGUAACGGAAAAAGUCAAUCUGGUGCUGGACUGUGUUAAGGACACCAAACACUCGGUGAAAACCAUCGUAUUGAUGGAGACCCCGAGUGCUGACCUGGUUGAAAGGGGGAAGCGGGUUGGAAUCACCAUCCUCAGCCUACAGGAGAUGGAGGCCAUUGGGAAGGCCAACUAUCGCCAACCAAUGCCUCCAAAACCUGACGACAUGGCGCUUAUCUGCUUCACAAGCGGAACAACAGGAAACCCAAAGGGCGCUAUGUUGACUCAUGGGAAUAUUGUGUCAAACUGUUCAGCCUUCAUCAAAGUAGCAGAGAUUUAUUGUCCAGUGGGUCCCAGUGAUGUCCACAUGUCCUACCUGCCCCUGGCUCAUAUGUUUGAGAGAGUAGUACAGGGAGUGAUGUUAGUGCAGGGAGCCAGGAUCGGCUUUUUCCAGGGAGAUAUCCGUCGGCUGUCAGAUGACCUGAUCAUGUUGAAACCUACUGUGUUCCCUGUGGUACCGCGACUCCUUAACAGAAUGUACGAUAAGAUCUUUGGGCAGGCCAACACCUCUUUGAAGCGCUGGCUGCUGGGAUUUGCCUACAGGAGGAAGCAAGCAGAGAUGAAGAAAGGCAUCGUGAGGAGAGACAGUAUCUGGGAUCAACUCAUCUUCAGGAAGGUCCAGGCCAGCCUCGGGGGUCGAGUGCGUCUCAUGCUAACCGGAGCUGCUCCCAUCUCUCCGACUGUUCUCAGCUUCCUCAGAGCUGCAGUAGGCUGCCAGUUCUAUGAAGGCUAUGGACAAACAGAGUGCACAGCUGGAUGCACGAUGACCAUGCCUGGAGACUGGGAGGCAGGUCACGUUGGAGCUCCUUUGCCCUGUAACUCAGUUAAACUGGUGGAUGUGCCUGAGAUGAAUUACUUGGCUGCACGUGGAGAGGGAGAGGUGUGUGUGAAGGGUUCUAACGUGUUCCAGGGCUACUUGAAGGACCCAGAAAAGACGGCAGAGACUAUCGAUGCAGAUGGAUGGGUUCACACAGGAGACAUUGGGAAAUGGCUUCCAAAUGGCACCCUGAAGAUCGUGGACAGGAAGAAGCACAUCUUUAAGCUGGCUCAGGGGGAGUACAUUGCUCCCGAGAAGAUAGAGAAUAUCUACACGAGGUGUGAUGCAGUGGCACAAGUCUUUGUGCACGGAGACAGUCUGCAGGCGUGUCUGGUAGCCGUGGUGGUUCCUGACCCCGACUUCCUGUCUGACUGGACGAAGAGGACGCUGGGGUUUCAGGGCAGCUACGAGGAACUCUGCCGCAGAGCAGAAGUCAAGGCAGCCAUCCUGGAGGACAUGCUGCGGCUGGGCAAAGAAGGAGGCCUCAAGUCGUUUGAGCAGGUGAAGGCCAUCUGCAUCCACACCGAGAUGUUCUCCAUCGAGAACGGCCUGCUCACUCCAACAAUGAAGGCCAAGAGGAACGAAUUGCGUCAGUGCUUCAGGUCCCAGAUAGACGAGCUGUACGCUAGGAUCAAAAUGUAGAAAGAGAAGGGGAGAGCAAACUGAAAGAACAGACAAGAGCUCUGCCAAAGAAAAGGGAAGCGGCGGAGAGGGGAGCAUAAUGAAGCACACAAUCGGAAACAAAUGAAGGAAGCCCCCCUCAGAGCUUUAAACUGUGCAGCUCUCAUGACCAGUCACACUAGAAAACACAGGAACAGGAGAUGGUGUAGCUUUGAAUAGAUUCCAAGAGAUUAGAGCAGAGCCAACAGGAUCUGUGGUAUAGAAUACAAGAUCUCUACAUUGAUGCAUCUGCUAUCCACAGCACAGUGUAUAAUAAUGACUCUAAUCAGCUAUUUUGGGGCAUUUUAUAGGGAAAUAGUGCUCUGUAGCAUCACUUCUCAGGACUUCGAGGACCACACACAAACUUUAUAACUUCAAGGAUUAAAAGGGAACACACCGACCAGUGGACCGGCUUUACUGAGUCUUACAUUUGGAUGAAGAGCCAUAUUGAUUAUUUCUACAACCCAAACCACCUCACACAGAGUGACUUGAACAUUUUAGCAUCUUUGAUGAGAGUUUUUCAUCCAAUGUCAUGAUUUUAUUUUACAAUAUGUGUGAAGUUUGUUAAAAGGGAUAGCAGGAUAGUCUCUGUUGGGACCUUUUAAUGAAUAAGCUGAACUCCUAUUAGGGCCCACGGGAACCAGCAGAGUGAUAUCCAAAGUAAUUCAGACAAAACUGUCAGGGAAUUCAGGUACUAAAGGACAGUUAGGACAUAGGGAAUCUGUUUUAAUGUUUUUAAUUUAUUUAUGAUAGUAACAGUAAGGGGAAGACAAUUCUUAAAUGAAUCAAGUUUCUUAAAUUAUCAUGCAAUAUCAGGGUGAAAAGAUAAUUAAUUAUAUAAAUAUCUUAUUCGCAGCCUGAAUUAAACCCUCUUGAAUGUUUUAAUGUCAUGGAGGUGCUUUUGACUGUGGUCUUAAAUAUUGUAAUGUCAUCUCACUUUUUUUUUUUUGUAAAAAUUUUAAUUAAAAACAUCAAGACAA